GCCAACGUUAGCAUUCAGCUCGAAGUGCAGCCUCAACAGAGCUGCUGGCAUUUCUGUAAAUUUUCGGUCGUUGGAUUUUAUUUUUAAAAACAACAGAUUAAAGCUCACACAUACUUUCCUAUCAUUAUUCCACAGGCAUUUUCUUCUCGCGCUACCAGCCGGCUAAAUUGCUCACCAUUCUCCACCUGCUGGCCAAGACUCAGUUGAUGCCUGCUGCUAACUUCCAUCCAGGCAGGAGCCCAGAGAAUUCAGAGGUGGGACUGUGUGUGGAGUGUUUCCCCUGACCAACUGGAAAAUUCUUCCUCCUUGUCAAAACCUGCCAGCUACAUUACCAACAGCUAAGCUGGGUUGAUGAGAUGAGGAGCGGGUUACAGACAUCUGGAGGAUGUUGCUACAGUAGUGUAGUAGUAGCGCUGUGCUGCGUGCAUACAGGCACCCACAAGCCAAACCCACCCAUGACUUCUUGGCUCUGCUCGCAGUUUGAGCUGAUGGCGGGACACCCGACCUCUCACCCGGGGGGGACAGAUGAGAUCUCCAUCACCAUAUAACCAUCUCCUCCUCUCAUCAUCAUCAACACACACCCUUCACCCUCCCUCUGCCAACCCCUCCCUCGCUUUUCCCCCCUCUUGCUUUCUUAGGUGUCUGGUGACUCUGGCCCCUGUUAUCUUGCCCCUCCCUUCAUCGUGGAGGAGAGAAAGAGAGAGGGAGAAAGAGAGAGGCUGCAGCCCACUACCACCAUGUCCCCAGAGGCCCCUUGCCUGCCUGCCUGCCUGCCUGCCUGCCCCUCCUGCUGCUCAGUACAGCUGUGGCUCAGUACCAGACCCUGACCAGCUGGGAUCUCAACCCUGCCAGGGAGCCACGAGAAGAGUGUGUGAAAGCACCUCUCUCCGCUCACUCUUCAUUAAGUGAACCACACAGACACUAACUCCCAGCUGCAGCUGCCAAACUCUCUCCUCCGGUGCCGAGAAGAUCCUCUUUUGAGCAUGGCUCUGGCACCCCGGGCCCUGGCACUUCUCCUGCCCCUGGUGCUUGCCCUGCUCAGCCUGGCCCCGGCGCCUACCUUGGGAGGAUGCCCGUCGGCUUGUCGGUGCUCUUACUCCUUGCUGCAGUGCCUGGAACCUGAUGGUAUCACCGGCAUCCCGAUUCUGGCAACGCAUGAGAGCGAGAAUGUGACCGAGAUUUACAUAGAAAACCAAACAGGCCUGGAGAAUAUAACAGAAUUUGAUCUUGUUAACUACAGAGAGCUGAAGAACCUCACGGUCACAUCAUGUAAGCUGAGGCUCAUCUCUGCCAACGCCUUCCAAUUCAACCUCAAGCUCCAGUAUGUAAACCUGGCAUCAAACUCUCUCGAACACAUCUCCUGGAGGGUGUUUCAUUUUCUACCUUUGCUCAACCUGGUUUUGAGGGACAACCCUCUCAUCUGCUCAUGUGACCACUACUGGCUACAGCAGUGGCAGCGUAAUGACCGCGGUGACCUGGACAACCAGAUGUUGUCCUGUUUCUCAGACAACGAGGAAAUACCCCUCAACUCUUUGGUGUUAGAUAACUGCAGUCUGCCUGUGGUGUCUAUUGUCUACUCUCAGUACAAGAUUCAAGAAGGAGGCAACCUGACAUUUGAGUGUCAUGUGACAGGAAGUCCUACUCCCAGCGUGAGAUGGCAAACUGAGGGGCUCAGCUCUCCAUUCCUUACCCAGGAGAGAAUCUGGGGCUCCACAUUAGAGCUGGUCCUUCAUCUCAGCAACGUUUCCUCCAAAGACAACCUGCGCAAUCUCACCUGUGAGGCAGAGAACCAAGCUGGGCCCAGGGAGGAGAUGGUGCAAUUGGACAUUGAGUUUCCAGUCAAAAUCCUUUUCCUGAGAGACGCUGUGCAGCAACAUUUCUGGUGUUUCCCCUUUGCUGUGGACGGUAAUCCUGAGCCAAGCUUCACCUGGCUGCACAAUGGCAAACUACUGAACGAGACAGUCUAUACAUACACCCAGUUCAUCACUGACUCAUCUGACGGAUCAGUUAAACACGGAUGCCUCUUCCUCAACAAGCCCACACACCUCAACAAUGGCCUCUACACUCUGAUUGUGCAGAACAAACUGGGAAGGGAUCAGGCCACCGCCAUUGGGAAUUUUAUGGACAACCCUUUUGGGACCCUCGAUCCUGACGGGGCCAUUCCCGUCCACAAUGUGAAUCCAGUUCCUACAAACAAAUCAGUCAUGGACGUCACAGAGAACUCAGAGAGUCGAGUGUUUGUGGUGUCUGUGGCUGUGGGUCUUGCUGUGUUUGCCUGCACCUUUCUCCUUAUCAUGGUUUUGGUUAUUAACAGGUGUGGCCAGCAUUCCAAGUUUGGUAUUCACCGUUCAUCAGUUUUGGGUACAGAGGAUGACCUGGCUGUGUCGCUUCGUUUCAUGAACUUCGGAACCAGCCCGCCUUCCUCAGAUGAAGACUCUGGUUUAUCCAGCUUUGUCGAGAAUCCACAGUACUUCUGCGGCAUCAUCAAGGAUAAAGACAUGUGUGUCCAGCACAUUAAGCGGCAGGACAUUGUGUUGAAGUGGGAGCUGGGUGAAGGAGCGUUUGGCAAAGUCUAUCUGGCAGAGUGUGCCAACCUGAGCCCCGACAGCGACAAGAUGCUGGUCGCCAUCAAGACUCUGAAGGACGCCAACGAGUCAACCCGGCAGGACUUCCAGAGGGAGGCGGAGCUGCUGACUGUGCUCCAGCAUCAGCAUAUUGUGCGAUUCUACGGCGUCUGUACGGAUGGGGAGCCGCUGGCCAUGGUGUUCGAAUACAUGAGGCAUGGAGACCUCAACCGCUUCCUUCGAGCUCACGGCCCUGAUGCUCGUAUCCUGGAGGAGUCAAAGAUGCCCCCACUGGGCGAGCUCACUCUGCCUCAGAUGCUGCACAUCGCUGCCCAGAUCGCCUCAGGCAUGGUCUACCUGGCAUCGCUGCACUUUGUUCACCGUGACCUGGCAACCCGCAACUGUCUGGUGGGAGAGGGCCUGGUGGUCAAAAUCGGAGACUUUGGCAUGUCACGAGACAUCUACAGCACAGACUACUAUCGGGUGGGUGGUCGUACCAUGCUGCCAAUCCGCUGGAUGCCCCCGGAGAGCAUCAUGUACAGGAAAUUCACCACGGAGAGCGACAUCUGGAGCUUCGGCGUGGUCCUCUGGGAGAUCUUCACCUACGGCAAACAGCCCUGGUACCAGCUGUCCAACAGUGAGGCCAUCGAAUGCAUCACGCAGGGACGGGAACUGGAAAGGCCGCGCACCUGCCCCAAGGAGGUUUACCUGCUGAUGCAGGGCUGCUGGCAGAGAGAGCCCCAGCAGAGGAUGGUCAUCAAGGACAUCCACAGCCGCCUGCUGGCCCUGGUCAAAAACCCACCAGUUUACCUGGAUAUCCUGGGAUGAAGGGGCCAAGAGGCAACCAGGGAGUGGAGAUCAGAGGCUGGGGGAGGUUGGAGCUUUGAUUUCAGACUUAAAAAUUAUUUGAAUCCCAUCAGGUUCCCCUUGGUUUAUGUUUAAAAGUCUGCUUUUUCUUUUAUCUGUUGAAAGACCAGUAAGAAGGUUAAUUCCCCCAGUUCUCCCAGCUGCUGCUUUUCCAGCCUUGAUGCUCAACAGACAGACAGUUUGGACCGACCUUUCUCCCUCAAUUUUGUCCUCUCCCUGGCUCGACCCCGACCCCUGUUUACUGCCCCGUCAUUCUCUGGAAACCUGUCAAAUGUUUACCAAAGUGCUUAAUGUUUAUCUGAGGUGGCAGCGUGAUGGAGGGACAUGCAUGGAUUAAGUGUUGAAGUAACAGAAUAUGGGCUUUACAUUGCUGGGAAUGCGAUUUCAGACGAUGAUGGAUGAUGAUUUUGGCUCUGAAGUCCCUGCAGAGGUUUGUCAGCUAACCUGUGGUACGUUCUAUGCCACUCUACAGCCGACACUUAUGUUGAAAGGCAAUUAGGAAGUGAAACCGAUGAUUACAAGAGAGGGCACUUCACAUCAUGAGUCAAAAGUGAAAACCAAUUUACAGAUUUGGGGACAGCAGAUAGUCAUUUGUAUAGUAUAGUCACUGAUUUUGGUAUGUUUUGAUAUGGGAGGUUAUUUAAAGGAUUUCAGUAAAUGUACAUAUAAGCUAUGUUGUACAAUCAAAACCUUGGAGAGCUUGUUUGUUUCUCAUGUGUCAAAUUCCAGUGUAUCAUAUGAAUAUUUUUCAAAAGCAAGAACAAAAUGUCAUAUAUUAGCAGUGUUUCCUGGUAUAUUAACUACUGUGUUUACAUUUAAGGCUGUUAGUUUUUCUGUCAAAUAUGAUAUGAAAAAAAUAUACUAAAAAAAAAAAAAAAAAAAAACUUAAGUUCGCCCUGUGGCCUGCCUGUGAGAGUGACUCAGGAGUGGCUUUUGUACAAAUGUUAAAACAUGCUACUGGAACUACUGCAGUGAAAUUCAGUAUGGGGGACAAAAUGGUGGGGAGGUGACACACUGAGAUGGUUUUAGAGGUAACAGAUGGAUUGAAGUGAGUGAAACUCCAGGAGGAGAGGGACAGAUGGCACUGAAACAGAGACUGGAGGUGAGGCCACCAGCACGGGGAGAAAAAAAAAAAUUCAACCAAAUAAGAGCUUUUAGAAGGUGAAAGACUGAGUGUACAAACCAUUGUGAUGCCUUUAAGUGUAAAUACUGAAUGUACAUACUCUGUAUUAAUGUCUAAAAUAUAUAUAUAUAUAUAUAUAUCUUCAUGUAUUGUAACUCCAGCACUUUGUGUAUUCUGCCCUUAAAAAAUAAACAAACUUGAUUAAAAAAAUAUGGCUGCAG